GACCGUUUGAUUUGCAUUUUCCGCAUUUUUUGUUUUGGGAGCAUCAACGAAUAGACUUUGAAAUUAGACGGGGGGGCGUUACGGUGCUAUAUAUUGUGGGUCGUUGUCUUCUUCCGCCCUUGCACUUUAUUCAUGAAUCCCAGAAUGUCACGGCGAAUGCGAACAGUCCUUCUCCUCUUGUUCAUCUGCACCUUUAUCUUCCUCCUUUCCUCUUUGCGAUCACCCGCGACCGAUGACGCUACAAACCUUGAACCAUCCAUUCCUGCAGCCUCCAAACUGCAGCCAAGGGUUCCAGACCAGAUUCUUCUGCAGCAAAGCUCAGAAGCAGAACCUGCCCCGCCCGUUGAGGUUGUCACCCCACAGGUUGAUCCCGAUGCGGAGCGCAAGAACACCUUUGUGAGCAUCUUUGAAAAUAAUGGAUGGGGAAAUCCUGAGAGUAGAUCUGGUCCUGGAUCGACUGUCAGAAACACUGCCCGAAUUCGCAACUUUAUCGAUACCGUCAUCAAUCACUUUUCUAUUCAAACCUUUCUUGACGCUCCCUGCGGCGACUGUAACUGGCAGCCCGGAAUCCCCUCUUUCUCCAAAAUCGCGUACACCGGCGCAGACAUUGUACCCAACGUUAUAAUACAAAACAUGCGCAAAUAUCUUUACAAACCCAAUAUGCGAUUCGUCAACCUAGAUCUAGCCAUGGACGCUGUUCCACAUGAUGCAUUUGAUGCAAUAUUGUGCAGAGAUGCUAUUCAGCAUUUGCCACUUGAGGACGGCCUGAAGAUUUAUAGCAACUUCCAAAGGAGUGGCGCUAAAUACCUUAUAACCAACUUCCACGACCCCCGCAAAGGCAACUUUCAAAACACAAAUAUCAAACCUGGCGAUUUCUAUCACAAUAAUCCCCUGUUACCUCCAUUCAAUUUCUCCCUCCCCCUCUUUUACACCAUCGAUGCGAGCGAUGAGCAUUUGGUCCAAAACAUGUGGGAAAGAAAAUAUGUCGCAGUAUGGAGAUUACCGGUUAUUGGGUUGGGCAAUGGAACAGCCUUUGUUCCUGAUGAAGAAGCCGCAAAGAAGGGAAUCGUACCUGUUUCGGACGAAGGAAGGAGCAUAUUGGAAGAACUCGGUUUGUUACGUUCUGCGUAGACGCGACAGCCUAUUUUCGUUGUAUCUAAGUUUCCCUUUUUAAAUUGGAUGUUACAAAUUGUACCUUAGACUGUACGUAGAUACUCCAUAGUAGUAGAAAUGUUGGUAUAUAAAUCUGAAUAUGUAACGACUCAUCAAAGACAACUGCCAAGAAACCGUCUAUUGAAACACUAAGACAAAACAGAACAUCC